UAUUGAAAUUGUCAAAAGUCAAAAACAUAACCUCACUUCGACAUCCGAAUCAGAUUAUUUUUGUAGAUUUUAAAAACAAAAACAUAACUUAAAAUGAGUCUUUGUUUAAGAUCUAAGUAUUUACGGCCCAACUUGAUAGGUUCUUUAUUUCGGUACUCGACCACAUCAGUAGAGGCAAUUGAACAGAAUGACCAAGUUUUAGUGGAAGAUGAAGAUGCAUUGGCUAGAGAAGCUGAGAUAGAACGAAAAAGAAACGUAUCUAGGUUAACAGAGGCACAUUGGAAUCUUGUGAAUGGACGAAGACCUUACGUAGAGCCUACGAAUUGGUCCCACUUGACGGUAAAAUACAAUAGGAAGUUGUAUGGAAAAUACGGCAGCGCAAGUGGUGUUAACCCAAGUCUUUGUUUUCCAACACAAAGAGAAAUCCAAGAGAAAAUGGAGUAUGAAGCCGUUGCAUAUCCUUUUACCAUAAAAGAAAUGAUGGAAACCGCAGCAAAGAAUAGAAAGGAACAGCAACAGAAGAUUGAACAGAGGGACAGGGACAUUGCUGCCAAGUAUGCUAAACUGGACCAGUGGAAGAAAGAACUUCUUGAUAAGAUUGCCAAGAAGACUGCUGAAGCUAAUGCAGCUAAGGAAAAGAAAGAGAGAUUGGUAGAAGAAGUAAGAAGACACUUUGGUUUCAAACUGGACCCUCGUGACGAGAGGUUCCAGGAGAUGCUGGCUAAGCGGGAGAAAGAACAGAAGAAACUUGAGAAGCAAGCCAGGAAGGAAGCCAAAGAGAAGAUGAUGCUGGCCAAACUGCAGCAGAAAAAUGUAGAGAUGAGUGAUGCCAAGAAGUAACCUAUUUUAAACUGUAGAUUAAUUAAUUAUUAGAGUAAUAAACUGUUAUUGUAAUAUUAUAAA